GACAGAGUCAAAAAGGUAAAAAAUUCCGCUGAAUAAUUUUACGUUUCUUUCUGGGUUUCAUUCCAACAUGUUUUUAUUUUGAGAACUGAGAAUUAUACUACAAAGACUCUAUUCUAAAUAAUUUUAUAUCUAAAGCAUUUACAGACCAUUCAUAAACAGGAUAUGGAAGAAAAUUUAAUAACUGAAGUGGGUGAUAAUGGAGUACUGCAUUUACCAGCACUUCCCUGUGGAACAAAGCCACUGAGCCACCAAGUGGCUGGACAUAGAUAUGGAGUUGGGAAAACGAAAUUAGGGUUUCUACAGAAUGAAGAUGGGACCAUACUGAAGCCUGUGCAAUCGCCACCAAGGGGUCAAAGAGAGUUAGACUUUUAUAAACGUGUGUUUAAUCCUGAAAAUAUCAAUCCAAUUCUUAUUAAACUACGAAACUUAAUGCCAAAAUAUCUGGGUACAUGGACUUCGCCUGAAACUCCAGGAGUGGUUUACAUGCGACUAGUGGAUGUUGCUCAUAAGUUUCGCAAACCAUGUAUCGCUGAUCUUAAAGUUGGACCAGUCUCAUAUGACCCAGAAGCGACACCUGAAAAAAUUGAAAGGGAAAAGCUAAAAUUCCCUCCAGCUUUAGAAUGUGGAUAUCAGAUGAUAGGUUCCAGAACCUAUGAACCAGAGACAGGAGAAUUCCACUCUGCGAAUAAAGUUUACUUUAGGACUCUUAACAAAGACACUAUAGCAUCAGAAGGUCUUGCAAGGUACUUUACACAAGGUGGAAAACUUCGUAAGGAUGUUAUAAGACAUGUUUUAUGCAAACUACAGGAAAUUGAACAUUGGUUCAACAUACAGACAGAACUCAUGUUUUUUGCAAUGUCCAUCUUGAUCGUCUUUGAGGGUGAUAUACAGCUGGAAGAGAAAUCUGAAAAUAACCAAAGUUACAAUUCAGCUGACAGCAACCAUGUUGGUUGUGUUAAUGGAUAUAGUAGCAUUGAUGAUGAAGUGGAGGUUAAACUCAUUGAUUUUGCCCAUGUAUUCAAAACAGACAAAAAAGAUAUGAAUUUUCUGGCUGGUCUGUAUGGUAUUCAAAUGCACCUAAAAAUGCUGCUUAAGAUGUAGUUUUUUAUUAUCUCAUCGAACAAAAGUUCGAGGGGAUAUAGAGAAUAGCUCAGUAUCGUUUAUAUUUCAUAUGUGUAGAUGUAUUGCUUAAAAGCUGAUUUCAGAACUGAAAAUGGCUGCCAUUUUAGUGUCAAUUUUACAAUAUUUUAGUUUACAUGUAUAAAACUGUAAUAUAAAUAUGUUUUAAAUGCAAAAGAAAUUAAAUUAUUUUUCAAAAACAUGACAUGAUGGCCAUCUUGGAAAAUGGUGGUGGUUACAUGCUUUUUAUGAUUUUUGAUGUAACAUGAAAAAAAGGGAAGCGAUUUUGUUCAUAUUUUAUAUUGGAAUACUAUAAGCAUGUAACAUUAUCUUUUGACGGUUUGCCUAGAAGUUGGCCAUUUUAAAAAUGGCUGCCAUUUUUAUGUGUGUUAUUCAACAUUUUUUUGCUAUAACUGGAAAAGAAGUAAAGUGAAUUUAUUGAAAUUUUAUGUGUUCAUAUUUGGAAGCAUAUUACACUUUCUUAUGA